UGUAUCAGUUGUACAACUGUGUACCUGUUAUUAAUGCCGGCUCUGUAGUGCCUGUAGAUGUAAAUCAGUGUCCCCUCCAGGGAUUUCUGUCUUUAUAUUAAAUGAACUGGAUCACGUUCCUCCUCCUUUUAUCCCUAUUUUCUCUUUGUCCUUUCUUUUCGUUCCUUCCUCCCUAGGCCAGGUGCCAAAAAUGCUGGAGAGGCAGUAUCUCAGCUAUCAGCUUAAAUUGUCAAACUGGCAUCCACCUCUUUCAUUUCAGGGAGCACUGUGAUUGAAAUUCCUUUUAUUUUAGGCAGUGGUAGUAUUUUAAACUCACAACUAUCUAAAGAAUUGGCGAUAAUGCUGCACUGCUUUGCUGUGAAGGGGUGGUUACAGACCAAGUGAGGAAAUGUUUGCAUAAAUACUAUGUAGGCAGAUUCCCACCUAGAAAAAGCCGCUGUUUCUGCCAAAAUAUUCAGAAUCUCUCUGGCAUCCACCACAAGACAAUUGUCAGACUUUAUUGGUCUGAUUAGAAAAGGCUUUUGCUUUCAUUUGGUGCCAGCAUAUUUCCCUGACAGUGAUGUGAGAGGUGACCAGAUGUGUUUGUUGACCAUGGAGAUGCCUACGCAGGGAAUCUCUUCCCUUUUUCUUCAGCAGAGCUUUCCUAAGCUUUGGAAAAGUCCUAGAGGACCCAGAGUGAAGCACAGUCUUUGAGAGGAUGAUUCAGCCCAUCCUGAGAUAAGCAUGAAGACAGAUAAUGUGCAUUGCCUUUGGGAAGCACCCCUCUUCUCACUGACUGUGGAAAUGGUACCAGGAUUUCCACCAUAUACAUGUUUCAGUGCCAUGCUCUUUCAGGCAAGGAAAGAGUGAAGUGCUGGAAAUGACAUGAAUUUCUGUAGCCAUGUGGUCAAUUUCCCUACCAAAGUGGAAGAAUCAGACUGGAUGUAAGUGACAAUCACCAAAUCGGUCUUGGAAGUUGGAUGGCCAGAAUGGGCUUCCACUGCAGCUUUUUGCAUGAAAUCAAAGGCGGAAGAGAAAAUCAGAUUUCGUAUUUGAAAAUAUCAAAACUAGCAUUGGCUUUUGCAAUUAUCCACUCAAAACCACCAGGGAAGAGUUCCAAAGAAUACACAGAGUACCUUGCCAGAACUGUAUCCGAACAAGAUUUUGGAUGGAAAUGGAAAGUGGAAGUGCUGGAAGCUGAAGUUCUUCGAUUACAACAGGAACUUCUUUUGAACAGGAUCUCUCCAAGAUUCUGCUUGGAAAAUAGAAAACAGGAUACCUCUGCAGAAACUCUUCUGGGUCAGGAAUCUAUAAAUCCUACAAGUUACUCGAGCCAGCUAGAAGACUCUGGAUGUGAUGUCUAUAAUGACUCUGCAUUUGAUUCUUUAGGCAUAGCUUCAGAUUUUCACCAAUCUGAGCAUAAUUUCAACACUUCUAAACAUUGGUUGGAAAGAGUUCCUCCCCUGAAUCUUUGCCAUACUAGCAAGGAGCAAUCUCUGACUGCUCCAGUGCAUUUUUUGCAACGUUUGCUUGAAAUAAGAAAACUGUCAGAAAGAGGAGUUCUUCAAGCAGACUUCUCAGAGCUUGAGAAUGAUUCUUUCACCAUAUGCAAUUCAGUGUCUCAGUUGCUUGAUGGACUGACUUUUUUUUACAACAGCCCUAAAUUCCCAGCUCCAGGUUUCCUUACUGAAGGGGUUUGUGUUUUGCUCAGUUUAAUAACUGAUACGAAAUUAUCAAAUCAUGUUUUGAAGAAGUGUUUCAAGAAGAUAGAAGAAUUUAAGAAAAAUCUAAUUCAAGUUAUUUUAGGAAAUAGGAGUGUCAAUAGGUUUCAGGCACUGCAUUCUGUAUCACAAACGCUGGGUUUGCUAGGAGGGAACAACAUACUAAGAAAUUCUUUAAUACCCCUUCUCCUAUCGGGAGUCCGUCAGUUUGCUGAGCAGUUGUUGCAGGCUCACCAGGCCCAGUCUGUGUAUGACAUUGCCCAGUAUGAAAAUAUUUUUCUUUUGUGCAUGAUUCUGGAACAACUUCUUCAAAAUGAGACAGAAGAAAGUACCAUUUCAAGCUCAGACUAUGGAAGAGAAGAAAAAAUCAAAUUUUUGAAGAAUCUUGAUCAAGUUAUUCUUCAGCUCUCAGAUGAAUUCCCUUUGUUUUCUUUAUAUUUGUGGAGAGUGAGUGUUCUUUUGAACUCAGGUCAAAUGCAAAUUGAUUAAAACAAGCAGCCUACUUUUUAACUAUGCAUUUCUUGUGGGAUUGCGCUGGAAAAUUUUUGAGCUAGACAGUGAUAUUAUCCUUAUUGAAAAACAUGUACUUUAUACUACUAUUCUAUACAGCAGUUGCAGAAAUAAUGCAAUUUAUUUCCAAUUCUGAAUAUAGAAAAAAAUGUAAUAAUCCAUGUGCCAUUUUCAAUAAAUGCUAUUUCUUGUAAUAGAAAAGAGUGUUUUGGUGUUUGUCCACACAGUGAAAAUGGAACAAAGUUGUUUCAGGAGCUGUUUGAAAUAAACACUAUGAAUUUUAAUGUACAGUCAUAGUAUGUGUGUAGAGCUUCCAAGCUAGGAGACUAAGGCCUCUCCUUUAAGAGUUGUGUAGUUUCUCUAUGACUUUGAGACAGUGUCUGGUUGGUUGAAAUAAAAAUGGUAAUUUUAAACUUGAUAACUUCUCAGUAAAAAAUCUUACAGGACAGACUUCGUUACUGAUAAUCAAAUGAGUCAUUACUUGAGCAAAAUAAAACCUGGUGCUCAGUUUCACAAAUUUCUUAAAUUCAUUUUAUGCUGCUUGGCUUUACUUGUGUAUGCACAAGUUUAGGUACAACAGGCCUAAUUCACUCUGAGCUGAGUAAUGAUUUCAGAGAAGUGUAACUCAUUUAAUAGUUAUUUUAAACCUUUCUGUUAAAAAUUAAUGAAUAUUUCUAAAAUCCCUCUUGAUAUAUUUACAUAAUAUCUGAUAUUUAAUGGGAUUUUUUUCUGUGUGAUGGUAUUAUAUACAUAGUAAUAAUUAAAGUAACAUAUUUUAGCAGAAAUUGGCUUAAAAGGUCUUUAAAGUGUGAACUCAACAAUAUCUUAACUGAACCAUAGUCUUUGAUAAAUCUAAUGGAUAACUAUUAUAAUGAAUUGCUCUGUUUUUCUGUUAGAUAAACAAGAUUUUAGUUUUAUUAUGUCUCCUAGAAGUGUAUAUUCACUAUAAAUGCAAAACAUUUUGAGCAUUAGUCCUUGUCCUUCCCCUUGAACUUGUCAAUCAAUUUUUAUGUCAGGAAAAUUGUCUGAAACACCGGUAUAUUGUUAAUUUGAAUGCAUUUAUUUUGUAAUAAACCUCUUCUCUUUAUAUAUAUGUAAAAUACAUUGAUAUUUAAAAAGCUUUGAUGGUGAAUUGGCUCCCCAGAGAGUGUUUCUUAGUUAAGACACUGGCCCCCAUUCUUAUUCUUAAACUUCCUAUUUGACAUUAUAUGGUAAUCUUUUUUUAAUGCUUUCUUCUAGCUAACUUUCUUCCAACAGAAAUGCUUGAUUUGCUAAACAAGCAUUUCUGACUAGUCACAUGAGAAAAAUCAGAUAAGUUUAGCCAAACUAAAGAAAACAAGUCAGUGUGUAAGUUUGGUAGCCACUCAGGAACUGUGCCAUUUCUGUUGCUGCUUGAUUCUUUGUUUGUUUCAUUCAGGUGGAGGAUCAGUUCUUCCUUCUCCCUCCACAGCACUGAAAGCCUGAUUGCAAAAACAAAAAGGAAAGGAAUAAACAAAAUGCACAAUUAUCUAACUGAUAUAAUAAUUUUAAUUUUUUCAAAAAAGCUUCAUUCAAAUAUAGUAAGUAACCAAAAGACACAAAAUGCAGAAGGAUACUGACAUCUUUAUAAUGGCAAAAUGUGUAGUUUCAAGCCUGUUAUUUGAAAAAAAAGUUUCAACCCUAGAUUGCAUACCAAAUUUGUUCAUUGAUUGGCAAAAAGUAUUUUUGUUGUUAGUAGUGUAACUCAGGCAAAAAAGGGACACAUAUUUUCUUCUUAUUCAUAGCACUUUCUCACCAGCAAGCUCUCUAGGCCACUAAAAAAGCAAUGGAUAUUUUGGGAGAUUUAUUCAUCCUUGGUGAAUUUUGAAAUGACUGCUCACUUGAGACAUGAUUUUUGAAAUAUGUUUUUUCACAGCAUACAGAAAGAGAAGGUUUUGUAUCCAGAGAUGACACAACUACAUGGUACUUAGACUCUGACAGGGAUUUGGAACCGUUGCACCGCUUUGAAGUUGUUGAGGCAGAUUGAGAGUUCCCCUUGCAGUGCCAUUGCAGCAAUCCAGGCACAUACACACAUCUCUCUGCAAAAGUGCUGUAAACUGCUCAGCUGGGCCCUCCUUAUCUGCUUAGUGCAGAGUUAAAUAGGGCAGCUUUGGUGUGCACAAUAACCCCUGUGAUCAGGAUACUUGCUAGAUUGUUGUCUCUUGUUUCUUGGAGAUUUUUCACUAAGAGGGGACUUGCGUCAAGAUGAAAAUGCGCAAAGGUAGACUUGUACUUUUACAUGUCUCCAUGUGGUUGAGAUAUCUAAUCUAUGAAACAAAGUGUUUUGGUCUGGAGAUCUAGCUGUUACCCCAAAGGACUGCAGAUCUUCUCUAAGUCUUGUGUCACAUUUCCUCUCUUCAUGUAGAUGCCUCUGAUACCUUGAAGCAUCUUUAGUGGCCCUGUCACUUGAAAGUGUCUGUUUAAAGAACCAAACAGUGAUAAUAGCAUGAGCUUAGAUAUGGAACUCACCACUACAAACAUGCAUUUAGGUGUCUUAAACUGAAAACUAAACCCCCACAUUUGUGAUACCUUAUAUGUUUUAGUAGGAAAUCCUAAGUUUAAAUCCCUGCUCUUCAGAUAAUUUCUGCUCUUAUCCAAUGACUAUCAGAUUUAAUUUGAGUAAACACCACUGUCUUUAGUUUUGAAAUUACCAGGAUGACUGAGAUAGUUCCCAGAGGAUUUGCAACUGGGUUACAAGAAACCUGCCUGCAGGUUUAAACAAAGUCUUCAAGUACUUAGUAGGUUUGACCAUGUCCAAGUUUUACCUGUCUGGCUUCCAGAGAGAAAUACCAAAUCCAGAGAAAGUGCUCUUUCCUGAGUGUAGGCUAUUGUCUCAAAAGAGCAAUCUCAAGGUCUGAUGUGCUGAGCCUAACAUCUCAUAGACUUAAAGAGGAAACACUGAAAAUAAUUUGUUCUGACCUGUCAUUGUUCUCUGGAGUGUUUUACAUUAUUUACCCUUGGAAUUUUAAAAUGAACAGUUCAAGGAGGUUUCUUUUGUAUUGCACAUCUCUUUUUCUGUAAAUACAUGUACUUUAGAUGUUGGCAAAAUGCAAGUGUUCUGCAAAUGUAAAUUGUUCAGCCUUAUAAAAACAAAUGUAUAUAUAAGCACACACAGUUAAAUUAUAUAUUUAUGUGGUUGAAUUACCAAUGCUUAUUUAUUAGUAGCCUAAUAACAGUUUAUGAUUUUAUAAUUUGUUGUUCUGCCACAUUCGUAGCUUUCUGGGUGACUGACUUUCAUGCCUGUCUCUAUCUGUUAAAAAGAAUUUUGUGGUAGAGUGUCUCAUUUUACUAAAAUAGAAAAAUUAUGAGAAAAAGAAAAUAAAUUUUUAUUCUACUGCUUCUUCA